AUGGAUCCUUUCAGUGCUCUUGCUUCUGCUAUUGCCAUAGCAGGACUUGCAGAAAAGAUUAUCACAAAAUCUGUUCUUGUGGUUCACAACUUUCGACACGCACCCUCGGAACUGGAUUCAUUGACAGCUCGUGUUCAUCUUCUCCAAGAUCUGGUCAGACGUGUUGAGCUCCGACGUCAGAAGCUAUGUCUUGCAAAGGAGAUAGAGGUUUCAGUGUACAAUUGCUUCAUCGAGGCAGAGCAAAUCUUGACAGAGAUUAUCAAGCAGUCUGAAGAAUAUGACAAGCCAUCACAGGGAAAAGACAAGCGUCUCCGGUUAAAAUGGGCUUUCAAAGGAAGCCAUCAGAUGUCAGUCUGGGAUGUCCGCCUUCAAGGGAUAGCGAACUCCCUUUACGGUAUCUUUUUAUUGAUGCUAUUAGUACCAGGAGGUUAG